AUGACACAGCUAUUAUACUGGGCCUUCCUCUCGCUCAAUGCGCUGUUGGCGUGCGCAGCGAGCAUACCAUCGACAGUCCAUCGCAACUGCCAGAGAUCCCUGAAAGCAUGCCCCAAGGGCACUAUUGUCGUCUCCGGAACCAAUCCCAAGGCCGAUUUCUCGACCGUACAAGCAGCGAUCGAAUCCCUACCACAUGACAACAGCAGCCACACAAUCCUCGUCCUAGCAGGAGACUAUACGGAGCAACUCAAUGUCACCCGCCCCGGUCCAGUCACUAUGCUCGGCCAAACGAAUCACCUUACCGAUGCCACCAAGAAUCAGGUGACCAUCACCUGGGCGCAGGCCAACCAUGACAACACCGGGCAGAGCGUUGACAAUGUGUUCUCCAGCGUCUUGGUUGUCGCACCAACCCUCGACGCGAGUUACACCGGCUCCGGCCCCACGGGUUAUCCGGUGCCUGAAGACACUCCGUUUGGGAGUAUCGACUUUCGCGCGUACAACAUCGACUUUACAAACACCUGGUCCGACUAUUCCGACGGGCCAGCCCAUGCGCUUAGCCUUAGCCGAGCCAAUGGCGGUUUCUACUAUUGCGGCUUCUAUUCUUACCAGGAUACCGUCUACGUGGGCAAGCUGGGCAAUGCCUACUUUUACAAAAGCAUCAUAGCCGGGCAGACCGAUUUCCUGUACGGCUUCGGGACCGCAUGGAUUCAAUCGUCAGAUGUGCUUCUUCGCAACUGCGGUGGGGGAAUCACAGCAUGGAAAGGAACAAACACAACUUUUGACAAUAAAUACGGCGUAUACAUUGUCGAAUCCUCCGUGAGAGCCGCCAACACCUCGAUUGCACCUGAUAUCGUCGGAAAAUGCCCCCUCGGCCGGCCGUGGAACAGCCUGCACCGAUCCAUCUUUGCAAACUCCUACGAAGAUGGCAGCAUUGAUCCUGCCGGGUACAUUGACUGGGUCGUCGACGGCGCAAGCCGCCUCACAAGCGAUACUUUUAUGGCUGAGUACCGCACAUUCGGGCCUGGUUUCAACGCAACGGGUCGCGCUUCUACCAAUGCCUCAAUCGUCCUUUCACCGCGGGAAUACGUGCCGUAUAACUCUCCUUUAAAGGUCUUCCAAACCCCAGACGGCAAACCAGGAAACGUUGACUGGAUUGACUGGCACGCGUAG